UCUUAUUAUUUUGUUAGUUAAUCUGACUAAUUAUUUUCUAUUUCCUAGGUUAUCUACUGUUUGGAUGGUGCCAGAAUUGGUAUACAGUAUGAGACAUUCUUUGCUGGAGAGCCCUGUGAAAUUUAUCACUGUGUUUUGGAGAGCAAGUCAUUCCUUGAGAAGAUGACUGUGAUUCAACACACCUUACCUUUCUUUCUGCCGAUUCGAGAAGUAGAAACUGAGCACCUGUCAUCUAACGCCAUUAAGUUUAUUGAUCAUCUUGAAGAAAUUUUGCAGUCGUAUAUUGACAGGAGAGAACAGGUUCGUCUUAUCAAGGAGCUCUAUGGCAACCAAAUCGGAGAAUUGUUCCACAGUCUUCCAUAUACCUUGAUAGAGUUUACACUGGAAGAUUUCGAAUGCAAGGUUACAGUGAGUAUCCGAUAUUCAGAUCUAAUCUUGACCCUGCCUAGUCAGGCGAGGGUCUUGGCUUGGCCGCUUCGCUCUGCAAAGAGAAUAUCCACAGCAGACCGCCGUGCUCAACCUGUACCAUCUCGCCUCUCCUAUGCCGAGAAUGCGCUGAAGACCUUGAGUUUGCCAGAAGCAUACGCGGAGAUUGUCCUGGAGUUACCCCGCGCUCUGAAGCAGAUGUUCUAUUCUCAGGAAAGCGACUGAAGCGACGCGUGCAUGUAGAUAAUUUAUUUAACCUUACGGAUGUGGGACUGUGGGUACCCAAUAUUUGACAGCAGAGUAAUUUAGUAGUUUGAUUCUUCCCUCGGUGUCUAUCGUUGACUCUGCCUAAUGGUCGCCCUCCCUGAAAGUUUGGGCUAUGUUGCCUUGCAAAAUUUUCACUAUCAUUUCUGCAUACCAUGCCUGUACUCCGGUCCGAUCUGGGAAGCGCCCAUUUUUGCCAUCCUGUUAGGCUUACUGCUUUUGCGGACAUGCCUGUUUGAAGCAGCGUUUAUUUCUUGUGGUA